AUGGCAAAGAUCGCUCUCUACAUUUUCAUCAUAGUCACUAUGAUCGGUUUGUCACUUACAGCCGAUAUUUUAGGCAUGAACCAGUCCAUCAGUUAUGGAGAAACAUUGGUUUCUUCAGACCUAAUAUUUGAGCUAGGAUUAUUUACUCGUGGCAACUCCAGUAUGAGCUACUUGGGCAUAUGGUACAAGUUCAGUCCUGAAACGGUUGUGUGGGUUGCUAACAGAAACAACCCGCUAGCCGAGCGUAGUGGUGUUCUCACAUUUAGUACUGUGGGUAAUCUAGUUCUUCUCAACCAGUCGAAUGGUGUUGUUUGGUCUUCCAAGUCAUCUAGGGUCCUCCAGAAUCCAGUUGUGCAGCUACUGGAUUCAGGAAAUCUUGUUAUUUGGGAUAAAUUUAGUUCAAGUUCUAAUGAAGCCUAUUCAUGGCAAAGCUUUGAUUACCCGUCUGAUACGCUUUUAGCUGGUAUGAAGCUGGGAUUGAAUUUGAAAACGGGUUUUGAAUGGCGUCUGACUGCGUGGAAAAGCAUGGACGACCCUUCUCCUGGAGAUUAUGUUUUUGUGACGGAUAGAUCGAGAAGUGCCAUGUCGAAGCUCAUGCACGAGUUCCCUAGUGAUUCUUGCAAUCUUUAUGACAGGUGUGGGGCUAAUGCCAUCUGCAGCCUUGGCUUGUGCGAAUGUGUGAAAGGGUUCAUGCCUAGGUCGCCUGACGAAUGGAAGGUCCUUGAGUUUUCCAGCGGGUGCAUGAGGACAAUACCCACAAAUUGUUCAAAAGGAGAAGGGUUCAUGGAAAUUAAAAGAGUUAAACUGCCGGACCUCCUGGACGUUACACUGAACAAGAAUAUGAGCCUGAAGAAAUGCAAGGAUGAGUGCUUGAAGAACUGUUCGUGUAUGGCUUAUGCUAAUUCAGAUAUCAGAGAUGGAGGCAGUGGCUGUCUGAUGUGGCUUGGAGACUUGAUCGACAUGAGAGUGUUUGAAAAACAGAACUACGGGCAAACUCUAUACAUACGGCUAUCAGCUUCUGAACUAGAUGCCAUUCGUGACCGCACCAGGAGGAAAAUAAUAUUAGUAGCUGUCAUUUCGAGUUCAAUCAUUGGUGGAUUGCUUUCGGUUGUAACUGUAUUGUGGUGUGUAAAGCAUAGGAAAAGGAGAAUCAGGAUUGGAGGGAAAUCUUCAGACAGGACAUCAAGUAGCAGUCAAGAGACUAUCAAGGAGUUCAAGGCAAGGCCUAGAAGAGUUCAAGAAUGA